UCCAUCGAUAGAGCAAGAGGGUUUUACCACCAAUGUACUUUAUAUGAAGGGAGAGUGGAAAGCUUCGACCUCUGCAAAUGAUGAGGAAGGUGACACGGAAUCGAUAGGUCAAAAAUCUUGUUCUGUCAAGAUCCUUUAUAAGCGGGAACCAUGGCCAGCUUCAAGUUCUGCAAAUGUUGAGGAAGAAUCGCGACAAUAUUCGGGUGACAUUGGUUUAUCCUUUUGUAUUAAGAAUGGCCGGAAGCAUUAUCCUCACAUUUGUCGAAAUGCAAGGAUCCGCAGGAAGCAAGACCCUUCCAAACCUUCGACUUUUGGACAUAUCAUAAAAGGAUCACGACCAACUAAACUCAGUCCAAGUGUCCUGACUGGUCAGAAUUAUGUUCUAGAGAGAAAGUUGUCCGUUGCCAAGAAGGAUGCCAUUAACAAGCACCUUAAGAAAUCAUUGAUGUUUGAAGCUAGACGUUUGAUUGAAUAUUUGGUGGUGGAAAAAGUCAAAUCCCAGCCAAAGCUGCCGAGGCAUCCUUUUCAAGUUCUUGGCGAUCCCCUGUUGGAAAAUGUGGAAGAUGUUUCCCCCGAAGUCUUGGCGGCCAUUCAUUUUGCAGAUGAACAGCUGAUAGCAUUCCUUAGAAGCUUGUUCGAUGGCCAAGCUGUUUACAAGUUUAGGCAGCGCUAUUUAAGGAAAACCAAACAACCGAUGAGGGAACUAUAUAACAAGAAGCAUAUGGUAACAGAUAUUUUGAGUGAUUUUUGCCAAGAUGACCCAAAACUAAUCAAGAUUCUUCGGCGAAUUGAGCGGUUGUAUAGGAAAUGGAAAGAUCAGCGCCUUGAAGUGCAGUAGAAACGAUCAUUUAUAUUAUUUAGUUAGUGUUUAGU